AUGUCAAGCAUAACAACAGUGAUCAGACACUCCGGUUUUUGGAAUGAACAGAAUUGCUUUGUUGAUUACAAACUAGACGCAGUUGUCUUCAAAGAUUAUUGUUCAUACGGUGAUUUGGUUGAAACUAUAGCAAUUCAGUUAGGUGUUGAUAUUAGCAGGAAAACGAUAUCAAUAAAAUAUGUUGUUGAAGGAGACAACAUGCCAAUUGAAAUACGCAACAAUAUGGGAGUAAGGGUGUAUGUUGAGCUUAAGAGAGAAAACAGGGGAUUUGAAGCAUAUCCGUUGUGCGUUAACAUAACUGAUAAUGAUCUUGAGAAUUUUGUGUCCGGCAAAUCUGCAGUUGAAGACGAUAUGUUUCAACUUGAAUUUAAUGAUUAUAUGUAUGCUAUGGACGUAGUUGAUUCAAAUGAUUUGGAUGCGUCGGAUUGUGCUAAGGCUGUUGUUUUAUUUCAAAACAACGAUGACUUGAUAAUUUCGAACAAGGAACAUAAGGAUGUUUUUGUUGAUCAAAUCUACAAAGAUAAGGACACUCUGAAGAAUGUUAUGGCGAAUUAUGCAAUUCGCAAAAGAUUCAAUUUCAGGACAGAGAGGUCGAAUGCCGUAAGUUACACUCUGGUAUGCUGUUCAACUGAUUGUCGUUGGAAAUUCAGAGCUUCAAGUAUUGCGAACUCUGAAAUAUUUAGAGUGAGAUCUUUUCAUGACGAACAUACGUGUCUAUUGAAGGACAAAGUGUAUUCCCAAAGGCAAGCAACAAAUUGGUUGAUUGGUGCGUCAGUUGUUAAGCCAAAAAUAGCAAAUCAUAAGAGGAAAUAUACACCUGGUGAUAUAGUAGACGACGUAAAAAAUGAGUAUGGCGUUGAUGUUUCUUAUAUGACGGCCUGGAGGGCUAGAGAAAAGGCAAUGAAUGAAUUAAGAGGGGAACCAACAGAAUCAUACAAGAAGUUACCGGGAUAUGUCUACAUAUUGGAUAAAACAUACCCUGGAUCACAUGUGAGAAUGCACAAAUCACAACAAAACGAGUUCUUGUAUUUGUUUAUAGCACUUAAAGCGUUCAUAAAAGGCUUCGAGUGUUGUAGACCAAUAGUUGUAGUAGAUGGUUCCCACCUUAAAACUACAUAUAACGGUACUUUUGUAUCAGCCAGCACGUUGGAUGGUGCAGGUAAUAUUCUACCAUUGGCAUAUGGUGUGAUAGAUUCAGAGAACGAUAAGUCUUGGACCUGGUUCUUUGAGCAGUUCAAACAAGCUUAUGGGAAUAGGGAUAACAUGUGUAUUGUAUCAGACAGACAAGAGAGCAUCAUUAAGGCGUCGAAUGGUGAAGUAUUGAGUCCUGUAUUCUAUGCACUUGCAAAAGCAUACACACAUGCUGAGUUUGAUAAGCUGAUGGAGAAGAUUGAGAAGGUUGAUUUUCGGGUAAAAGAGUACUUGGAGGAUGCUGGAAGGGAAAAGUGGGCUCGACUGUAUUCACCCGUUAACAGAGGAUGGACAAUGACGUCAAAUAUAGCCGAAUUUAUUAAUGGAAAAUUAGUAGCAACAAGAGAGUUGCCUGUUUUCGAUUUUCUUGAAGAAGUGAGGAAGAUGUUUGGGAGAUGGAAUUGCACUAAUAGGAGGAACGGUACAUACACAUUCACAACACUUGGGAAAGCAUUCCAACAAUUAUUAUCAAUAAACGAAUGUAAAUCUCUACGUAUGACGGUUGAACCAUCAACUGAAUAUGUGUAUACCGUAAAUGAUGAGGCAAGGCGAUUCAUAAUUGAUCUUAAAAAGAAAACAUGCAGUUGUCGGAUGUUCCAAAUGGACGAGAUACCAUGUCCACAUGCAUGGGCUGUAUUGAAGAGUAAAAGUCUUAUGCCUGAUGAAUAUUGUUCAGACCUAUUCAAACCAAAGACAGUGAUUAAGACGUAUGAUGUACCUGUGGAUCCUCUGCCUGACGAGAGUGAGUGGAAUAUUCCCAAACACAUAAGCAAUGAAGUUGUUUUGCCACCAAGAUACAAGAUACCCCCGGGAAGGCCAAAGAAAAAGCGAGAUAAACCAUUAAUGGAGACGAUGAUUGGUAAACGUAGGAAUGCUUGUAGUACUUGUGGACGUCUUGGUCACAAUAGACGUUCUUGUUCCAAUGAGCCACGUAAGAAGUAG